ACGACGUCCAAUCAGUCGAGAAUCUGUUGGCAAAGCGUGCGGUUCGUUCGGUUUUCCUUGCUCGCGUGCUCAGGAAGCAAACGAAAAGCAGAAAAGCAAAGGCAGAGCUCCUCCGCCACUUGGAGCGACAGUUCCAAAAAUCUGUCAAACUAUACACACGCCGUACACCUCUGCAUAUAUAUAUAUAUAUAUUCGUAUACCCAUUUUAUUUAUAAAUCGCCUAUAUUUUUGGAUCAAACUUGAGGCGAAAGCAAAAGUGUUCUAGGAAUUCGUUUCAGUGUCUAGUGUGAAAAUGCCUUUGGCGACAUUGUGAAAUCCUCGCCGUGUCAAAGUCAACAAAAAUCAGCAAAGCUAUAUAUAAGGCAAAAGGAAGCCCCUAUAUUCCGCCAUAAUGCCGAGCUUCGGCAGUAAAUUCCUUGCCUGCCUGCUGCUCGGUUCGGUGAUCCUGGUCAGCGGUCAGUUCGAGCACUAUCUGGACAGCUUGCGAUCCUCGGAGUUCUACGAGUUCGUGGAAGGAUCUUCGGGCAGCAUCCAGUACCUGGCCAAGGGCGAUAGCGAAUUUGUCGCGUUGCAACUGGAACAGCCCAUUCACUUCUACGGCGAGCAGUAUGAGCAGCUAUUUAUCAACACCAAUGGCAUUUUAACUUUCAACUUGGAGUUUCCAGAGUACGUGAACCAGGCCUUUCCGCUCGAGUAUCCCUCGAUAGCGGCCUUCUACUCGAAUGUGGACACUUCGAGCAGUAAUGAUGACACCUCCAUCUCUUUGUUCGAGACCAAGGAGCAGGAGAUUCUCGAAAAAGCUUCCAGUCUUGUGCGUUACGCAUUCAGCAGUCAACCCGACUUUAAGGCACACCAGGUGAUCGUGGCCACGUGGACAAAUGUGGGUUACUUCGAUUCCAAGACGGAUCGUGUGAACACCUUUCAGGUGGCCUUGAUCGCCGGCGAACAGGAGACCUUUGUGCAGUUCAUUUAUCCAGAUGGCGGUCUGAAUUGGGUGCAGGGCGAGACCGCUGGAUUGGGGCUGCCCGACAUCCGUGCCCAGGCUGGAUUCGUGGCUGAAGAUGGGCGUUACUACAACUUGAAUGGUUCCGGAUCGGAGGAUGCCCGUUUCCUGAGUGAAAGCACCAACCUGGGCGUGCCCGGAGUCUGGCUGUUCGAGGUGGCUCCCAUUGAGCCCGAGCUGAAUGUGAGGACGCCCGACAAUGCCGAGACCCGCACGGAGUCGCCCGCUCUGGCCCAGAGCUGCCAGGCCCAUGCCCAUCAGUGCCACAAGAGCGCCGAGUGUCACGACAAGGCCGAAGGAUACUGCUGCGUCUGUGGGUCCGGAUUCUAUGGCAACGGGAAAUCCUGUCUGGCCAACGACCAGCCCAUCCGAGUGACGGGAUCGCUGGCCGGUGAGCUCAACCACCAGCCCGUGGACGAGGAGGCCAAACUGCAGUCGUAUGUGGUGACCAGCGAAGGUCGCACCUACACCACCAUCCAUCCACUGACCGCCGAGCAGGGCGCCCGGCUGCGACUGGCCCUGCCGCUGCUGACCACCGUGCCCUGGCUGUUCGCCAAGUCGGUGGGCGGCGUGGCCAAUGGCUACCAGCUGACCGGCGGCGUCUACACCCACGUCUCCCGCCUGCAGUUCGGCUCCGGGGAGAGCCUCCAUGUGAACCAGACCUUCGAGGGCCUCAACUACUGGGACCAGCUGUCCGUCAAGAUCGAGCUGUACGGCGAGGUGCCGGCGGUGGCCGCCCAGGCGGUCCUCCAUCUGCCCGAAUACGUCGAGGAGUACACCUUCGAGCGGCCCGGAGAACUCAAGUCCGUGCAGGUGCACAAGCUGGAGAUCACGGGAGAACAACGCGUCCUGGAAUUGCAGGUGGAGCAACGUAUCUUGUACCGCAGCUGCUUGCGGGAUGACGAGCCGGAUCCCAGUGCCACCAAGGUGCUGCAGAAGACCUCCAAGGUGGCCCUGGACUAUGUGGACAGUGACCACGCCCUGCGCAUAAGCGCCAUGAGCAAGGUGGGCGUGACCGCCGAGUCGAACGCCUGCAACGAUGGCACCGCCGAAUGCGUGGACAACUCCGUGUGCGUUCCGUACGAGGACACCUAUCGGUGCGACUGCCAUCAUGGCUUUGCCGCCCAGGUGGACGAGCGGGGCGUGGAGGUCUGCGUGGACAUCGACGAGUGCGCCUCGGGCCACCAUGUCUGCGACGAGAACGCCAUCUGCUCCAACACGGAGGGCGGUUUCAACUGCUACUGCGCCGAGGGCUUCCAGGGCAACGGCUACCGUUGUCUGUCCAACAGCACUGCCGACAAUAUUGCGUACACGCCAGCGAAUCCGGGCCAAGAGGAGUCCAACGCCGAUACCACUCCAAGCCCCAAUCCAAAUCAGGAUCAGGAUGAGGAGCAAGGCCAGGAUACCCCAGUGGACCAUCCAUAUCCCGACGACUGCUACCGCUGUUCAAAGGACGCCGACUGCUACAAAGGUCGCUGCACCUGCCACGAAGGUUUCGAGGGCGACGGCUUCACGUGCAACCGCCUGUGCGGAGCCAACGAGGUUUGGGAGAACGAUCGCUGCGAGUCUCUGUUCGACCGGCACGAUGUGGAUCCGCUAUGCGAUUCUCUGGGCGAAUGCCGAUGCCCCUAUGGAUACGACCUGACCGAGGAUGGCCAGCGGUGCUCCUUCGCCCAAGACUUUGAUUUGAUUCCGUGCGACGUGGAUGAGAACUGCCACAUCAAUGCCACCUGCAAUUGGAACAACCACGAGCUGCGCCACGGAUGCACCUGCCUGCCGGGAUUCCGAGGUGAUGGCUACACCUGUGAACCGACCAGCGAGGACUCCUGUGAUAUUAUACCCGACAUGUGCGACGUCAAUGCUGCCUGCGUCUACAACGACCAGAUGGGCAAGUCGGAGUGCCAGUGCCAGGCGGGCUAUGCCGGCGACGGCUUCCGCUGCCAACUGGCCGACGAGUGCCAGGCCGCCGAGCAGUGCGGCGAGAACGCCUUCUGCGACGACGGCGUCUGCCGCUGCCAAGCGGACUUCGAGCGGGACGUGAGCGACCACUGUGUACCGGUGGGACGGUGCGGCAGCGUCUUCUGCGGCUCCCAUGCCAUCUGCAAGUGGGACCCGGUGCAGAGCACCCAGUUCUGCGACUGCCUCGAGGGAUACCAGGGCGAUGCCCUCACGGGAUGCACCAGCAAGCCCCUCUCCUGCCACGUGGUGAACAACUGCGGCAUCCAUGCCACCUGCGAACCCACCGAGGAUCCCGCGAACUACGAGUGCCAGUGCAAUGCUGGUUUCAACGGCGAUGGUUACGUGUGCAUCGAGGAGCAGAACUGCCUGAACAACCCGACGCUGUGCGACAUGAAUGCCCAGUGCCGAUCGACCAACUCCGGUCUCGUCUGCGUCUGCAAUCAGGGUUUCUAUGGCAAUGGAUCCUUGUGCCAGGAGCGUCAACAGCACGAAUCGGACUUCCUGAUCGUCAGCCAGGGCGUGAUGAUUGCUCGCGUUCCCCUGAACGGACGCAACGUACGGCCCAUUUCGGUGGCCCAGAUGGCCAUUGGUCUGGACAAGGAUUGUGUUGAGGGUCGUGUCUACUGGGGCGAUAUUUCGACCAAGAAAAUCGUAAGCGCCAAGUACGACGGCUCCGAUGCACGUCCCUUCAUCACCACGGACAUCGAAUCUCCCGAGGGUAUUGCCAUCGAUGUGAUCUCGCGCCGCCUUUACUGGGCGGAUUCGGCCAAGGACACCAUUGAGGUGGCCAGUCUGGACGAUCCUACGCUGCGGACGGUGCUCAUCAAUAAGCAGCUGGUGAACCCACGUGGCAUUGCCGUGGAUCCCUAUAGGGAAAAAUUGUUCUGGUCGGAUUGGGACCGUUACUCGCCCAAAAUCGAAAUGUCCAACCUGGAUGGCACUGGUCGGGAACUUCUGCUGAGUCAGGAGGCGGUAACGCUGCCCAACUCCCUGGUGGUGCUCGAGAACUCUGGCGAGGUGUGCUUUGCAGAUGCAGGUACCAAGAAGGUGGAGUGCAUCGACCCUCAGAACCGCCAAGUACGCACCAUCUCCAACGAGCUGUCCUAUCCCUUCGGACUCACCUACACACACGAUCAGUUCUACUGGACGGACUGGACCACCAAAAAAGUUGAGAUCGUGGACAGCCUGGGCACACGGCAGAAGGCCAUCCAGCCGCCCUUCUUUGGCAGCCACAAGAUGUACGGCAUGACGGUCGUGGAGCAGCACUGCCCGCAGUACCAAAGUGCCUGUCAAAUCAACAACGGCGGAUGCACGGACGCCCGGCUCUGUCUGGUGAACCGACAGGCUCCGUCCGGAAAGAGCUGCAAGUGCACCAGCGGCUCCACAGGAUGCACUUUGCCCACGCCCUACCCCGGCUACUAAGUCUAUGUUUGGUGGAUGGUGAAAUUAUUUUUCGAUACGUAUACAAUCACAAAGAAAGCAAGUUAACCAAAGCGCUGAAAAAGAAAUGAAGUAAACUAAACUUAAUUUAAUUAACUAACUAGGAGUGCCUGUGUGCCAUUUUAUGUAAAGCUACUCAAAGAACAAUAAUUAAUAAAGAGAAACCAGUCUUAAA